GAGGAGGUGAUAUUCAUGGGAGCACGGUUCAAACUCUCACUUGGAGCACAGCUUCAGCAGCCUUUCAGCCGCUGCUCUCUCUGCGCUACUUUUCCUCUUGAACAUAACCUAAAGCAGAUUGAAUAAUGUUUGCUUAAAAUAAUAAUAAUAAAAAAAAAACAUUCUGGAGAAUUUUUUUCUACCCUUGGACAGAUUUCAGGAGGUGAUUUGAGAACUUGAAGACAUUCUGUAUGAGUGUUACCUGGGCAUUAUGAAAAGGUAUCCAGGCGUCUUUCACUGCUGGGAGAGGAUGCUUGUUUUGUAAAAAAAAACAAAAAAAAAUUAUAAUUGCUUAUAUUUUUGUGACUCUUGAUAAAAACUGUAACGCGAUCUGCAACAUUUUUGCGCGCUACUUUUAAGACUUUGCAUGACCGAAAUGGAGCGCACCGGAUUAGCUGUUUUAAUGGUUUUAAGUUUUGCGCUCAUGCGGGUUGGCGAAUGUCACCAGGACGGAACAGGUGGGAGGACCGGGGCAAGCCAGGUGGUCCCCGACCAGCAGAUCAGUCAGGGUCACUCUCCCAAAGAAGCUCUGGACCUCUCGAAAACACCUACCACCGGCCAGUCGGCAACUCUGCACCGCAUGUCCAGGGGAGCGUCAGCAUCCAGAGAUGAAACGGCUCACGCUGCUGGCGCAUCCGGGGAAGACUUCGUCUCAUCGUCGCACGACAGAGCGCAGCGCACAGCUAGACACCCGCAAACGAGCAGAGUGAACCGCAGGCAAAGCAGCAAGCCCGGCUCCUCCAGCACAAGACGACUGGCUGGGCCAAAUGUCUGUGGAGGUCAGCAGUGCUGCUCUGGUUGGGCAGUGGCUCCUGGAACCAACCGCUGCAUAAAACCUGACUGCCAGCCCCCCUGUCAGAACCGCGGCUCCUGCAGCCGACCACAUACUUGUGUGUGCCGCUCAGGCUUUCAGGGUCCCCGCUGUGAGGAGGUGGCCCCCGAGCAGGUGUACAUUCGUGAGCGGGGCACUCUGAGACGCAUUCAGCCAGGCACCAAACCCUUCCAGAGAGACCCACCACAAAGAAGACCCUCGGAGAGGAAGGCCGCAGACACCACCAAGCUCCAAACCCCGCGACCUGUGACCACCAAGCAGCCUACCCAGACUGUAACCCAAGCAAGACAAGGACCUGCGUACUCCUCGCCUCAGCAGAGCGGGACUUCCCGUACCGUGAAGCGUUAUCCAUCGUCCUCUGAGCCCAUAACCUCCAAUGCUCUGCCCAACGGCAACGGCUUUGCAAAUGGCCACGGCAGUGAGAAUAGAAACUGGUACUCCCACAGGAACAGACAAAGCAACACCCCGUCCCUUAACGGUCAAAGGUCUCCUAGUGACAGCCAUUUGCAGGGACAGUUCAACCAUGUGUUGCAUCCAGCAGGGGCUAAUCUCACCUCCAACCUCGACCGGAUUAAGAUCGUCUUCACACCUAUGCUCUGCCGAAGGGUGUGCAAUGGCGGGCGCUGCUACAACAGCUGCGAGAAGGGAGAUGUUACCACUGUAUACAGCGACAACUCGCAGCAGCAGCAGCAGCAGCAGCACCAGCACCAGCAGCAGCACCAGCAGCAGCACCAGCAGCAGCACCAGCAGCAGCAGCAGCAGCAACAACAGCCAAAGAACCAAGGCUUCAGACUCUUCUUCUGUCAAAUCCCCUGCAUGAACGGAGGCCGAUGCAUUGGCAGGAACCUGUGUUGGUGCCCAUCAAAUUCAACGGGGAAGUUUUGCCACCUACCAGCACCGCCGCCUCCCAGACCCUCUCCUCACAGCCGCAAGGAUGCGAGCCGCCAGGCAGCGAAAUCACCUUCCCAUUCCACGUACACUUUGCCACUCUCCAAUCAGCAUGUGUCUCUCCACCCGUCGCUGGUGAACGUCCACAUACAACACCCGCCAGAGGCCGAGGUCCAGGUUCACCAAGUAGCUCGAGUCCAGCCUGGACAGAGACCAGCCACCACAGAUGGAGCUCACUCUGUCCAGCAGCGCUCCCAGCCUGGAAACGGACACGAACACACGAGUGAACAUAACGGCAGACUCGCCCACGGCAAUGGCCACUGGAAUGGCCACAGUACAACGUCCAUCCUCCAGAAUGGACACGUUGGCAGAUGCUUUCAGGAAACAGUAGAUGGACAGUGUGGCAAACCUCUGCCAGGCCUAACCAAACAGGAUGAUUGCUGUGGAAGUGUGGGGGCGUCAUGGGGUUUGAACAAGUGCCAAAAGUGCCCAACCAAACCAGCAUAUGCAGUGAUUGCUAACGGACAAGUGGAGUGUCCCAAAGGUUUUAAGCGAAUGAACAUCACACACUGUCAAGACAUCAAUGAGUGCUUGUUGCCAGGGAUAUGUAAGAAUGCUGAAUGUCUCAACACCAAAGGAAGCUACAGGUGCACUUGUAAGCCAGGUUACAUGUUAGAUGCUGCCAGAAGCCACUGUGUCUCUGACAAGGCAGUGUCUGACCACAGGGCCUCGUGCUACCGGUCAGUGUCAUCAGGAACAUGCUCUCUGCCUCUUGUCAAUCACAUCACUAAGCAGAUUUGCUGCUGCAGCCGUGUGGGUAAAGCCUGGGGAAAUGGAUGUGAUCGGUGUCCUUUGCCAGGUUCAGACCACUUCAAGGAGAUCUGCCCAGCUGGUCAUGGAUACACGUACUCACGCUCAGAUGUGCAGAUUUCUCUCAGGCAGCUGGAAGAUGAUGAGCUGCAGAGCACAGGAGUGACUCUGGAGGAGCAGGAGCCCGAGUUCCCAUCCUCCCAGCCGUCACGACACAACAACUACCCUCAAAUAUCCCAGUACCCCGAGUACUCCGAGACACCACGAGUACCUCAGUACACUUUGACUUCACAAUAUCCCUCAGAAUCAGGACAAGAAACGGCUAAACUGCAAGACGAUCUGGAAAUUCUGAUGCCGCCGCCCAUUGUGACGGAAUCGCCACCAAAUUAUCCAGAGAGCUCUCCAGACUCCCCUGAUUUCAACAUGAGGCCAGAUUUAAAUGAAACAAGCCCUGGAGUUUCCGUCACUGGCCUUAACAAGUGUGCUACUUCACCAAAUAUAUGUGGGCAUGGAAAAUGUGUUCCUGUGCAGAAUGGAUACACUUGCGACUGUGAUCCAGGGUUCAAGCUCAGUGUAUUGCAGAACAGUUGCAUUGACGUGAACGAGUGUGAAAUGGACCCAUGUGAGGGUAAGGGCCACUGCAUAAACAGCUAUGGCUCCUACACAUGUCAGUGCCACAGCGGCUACAGCCAGGUGAUUACCCAGAACAGGAAAUUCUGUCAAGACAUCAACGAGUGCAGCAUGCCCAACAAGUGCCAGAACGGCCAGUGCGUCAACACUGAGGGAUCUUUCACCUGCGAAUGCAACGACGGCUACUCCAAAUCAUGGCGAGGCCUGUGUGAAGACGUAGAUGAGUGCAGAGAUCACAGCUCCUGUCCCAACGGCAUCUGCGUCAACACUCUUGGCUCCUUCCAGUGCCAGACCUGUGGCCCGGGCUUCAGGCCCAUCGGUGGGAGAUGUGUAGAUACGAAUGAAUGCUUGAACCAAACCACGUGCGGUCGUGGUCGGUGUGUCAACACAGAGGGCUCCUAUACAUGCAACUGUUUCCAAGGCUACAUGCUCUCAUCAAACAAUUUUUGCCAAGAUGUGGAUGAAUGCAUGCUUCCGGGGAUCUGUCUCCAUGGCCGCUGUGUCAAUCUGGACGGCACCCACAAGUGCACCUGUAACCUUGGUUACCAAGUCUCGUCAGACAGCAAGUCGUGUGAAGACAUCAACGAGUGUGAGAGUGGUACAGCGUGCCCAGUGGGGAUUUGUAUCAACACAGCAGGUUCCUACAGUUGCCAGAACUGCGGGCCUGGUUUUGGACCAUCCGCUAAUGGGCUGAGAUGUGAAGACAUUGAUGAGUGUGCACAGGAAAGCUUUUGCUUUGGAGGGGUGUGUGCCAACACAGAGGGAUCCUUCAUUUGCACUCGAUGCAAAGCUGGCUAUAGAGUGUCUGAGGACAGGCAGAGGUGUGAAGAUAUCGAUGAGUGCCAGUACCUGACUACCUGUUCCAAUGGGAUCUGUCUAAACUCAGAAGGGUCUUAUACAUGUGAGAACUGCCCUGCAGGGUAUCAAGUGUCUUUUGAUGGGGAACUCUGUCAAGAUAUCGACGAGUGCCAGGCUGCAGGUGUUUGCCUCGCAGGUGUUUGUGUUAAUACGGAGGGCUCCUUCUCCUGCAUGUCCUGCGAUCCGGGCUUCAGCGUAGCGCCCAACGGCCUCUCGUGUGAAGAUGUGGAUGAAUGUGAGGAUGCAAGCCUGUGUCUGGGAGGCCAGUGCACCAACACCAUCGGCUCCUAUAGCUGCUUGUGCCCAUCUGGACUGGAGUUGGGAGAUGGGACAUCUUGCAGGGACAUCAACGAGUGUUUAACCAUGGCGGGAAUUUGUGGAGAAGGAAACUGUUUGAAUACGGAGGGUUCCUACAGAUGUAUGUGUCCUGAUGGAUUUACCACUACCGAUGAACGCCCUGGCUGCCAAGAUGUUGAUGAGUGCAGCAGAGAUGACGUGUGCAUUCGAGGAGAGUGUCUGAACAUUGAGGGUUCUUUCUUAUGCUUGUGCGAAGCCGGCUUCAAGUACAACACUGAUUCAGCUGACUGUGAAGACCAGGAUGAGUGUAAGGAGUUUGGAAGCUCGGUGUGUGGUACCUGGAGCUGCAAGAACACCAUUGGCUCCUAUCAGUGCUUCAUGGAGUGCCAGCCUGACAUGCUUAGCGGAGACUGUGAUAUCGAUGAAUGCAACAAUGAGACCAUCUGUGGGAGCCACGGCUUCUGCGAGAACACAGCCGGUUCCUUCCGAUGCCACUGUUACCAAGGCUACACCAACCCACCUGGAGAUAUUACCAGAUGUGUUGACCUGAACGAGUGUGAGAUGAGCUCGGCGCUGUGCGGAGAGACCCUGUGUGAGAACGUUGACGGAAGCUUCCUGUGCAUCUGCCCCAAUGACAAUGAGGAAUUUGAUCCUGAAACCAACCAGUGCCGCUCCAUGGCUGCUCCUGACACUAAGCCGAUGUCUACAUCCACUCACAUCACUGAAGAGAGGAAAGAUUGCUAUUAUAACCUAAAUGAUGUCAACUUGUGCAACAACGUCUUGUCUCAUAACACCACCAUGCAGGAGUGCUGCUGCACAGCCGGCGCCGGCUGGGGCGACAACUGUGAGAUUCACCCCUGUCCACCUGUCGGAAGAGACGAUUACAACCAGUUGUGUCCCCAUGGCAACGGAUUAUUAACUUUAACUGGGUCUUCUUUACUGGGUCAUAGAGAAGACCUGCGCUACAAAGAUGCAAAUGAAUGUGAAAUGUUUGGAAGCGAGAUAUGCAAGAAUGGGCAAUGUUCCAAUUUCUUUUCUGGGUAUACCUGCUACUGUCAGUCUGGAUAUUUCUACGACAAAAUCAGGCUUGAGUGUGUGGAUUAUGAUGAGUGUGGAUUUGGAAACCCUUGUGAAAACGGAGCGUGUGUGAACACGGCAGGAUCGUUCAACUGCUUCUGCAGUCCUCCGCUAGUCCUGGACGGCACACAAAGUCGCUGCGUCAGUCUCAACACAACAGAAGGCAUCAUAGAUUCUGAUCAGGAUGUGCACGUAGAUAUUUGCUGGCGCCGACUCGAGGGGGACAACAUGUGUGCAGAACCAAUUCAGGAGCGCAGGACGACAUACACUGAAUGCUGCUGCCUGUACGGCGUCGCCUGGAGUGGUCAGUGUGCCUUCUGCCCCAGGAAAGACUCUGUUGAUUAUGCUUCGAUGUGCAACCUGCCUCGGACGGAAGGCGCAGACAGCCUUCGAGAGCGGAUAGGAUACGAGUACGGAGUUGAAGAGCCAGAGCUUCCCCCGUACUGGGAUAACUAUGGCGGUGGCAUUCCUGAAAGUGUUCCCAUAUUUACUGAUGGCGACUACAGCAACCCGCAACCACCCUUUCGUGUCCCAGUCCUACGUCCAGGUGGGAGCCAACCCCAACCACUGGAUCGCUAUACAGAGCGGCGCUACGACAGCUUUGAGGGUCUCCGAGCGGAAGAGUGUGGGAUCCUGAACGGAUGUGAAAACGGACGCUGCGUUCGUGUUCGAGAAGGCUACACCUGCGACUGCUUCGACGGCUACGAACUUAACCUGGAUAAGAUGGCCUGCAUAGACAUAAACGAAUGUGAGGACAUCAGUGACAAGGUCCCCCUGUGUCAGAACGGCCAGUGCAUCAACACGGAGGGGUCCUACCAGUGCACCUGCCUGCCCGGCUUCGUGGCCUCCGCCAAGCCACACAAAUGCAUCUCAGCAAUCCCAGAGUCCACACUCAGGGGGGCAGAAAACUGAAAGAGAAACAAACUUUUCCUGCUUCUUAAAACCAUCAUCAUCCCUGUGCUCUGUCCCCCAGAGAGCCCGGCCGGCACUAAACCUCCAACAGUAACACUGUUCGUCCAAGUUUUCCCCCCCCAUAUGUUCCUGACAGACACAAUCAUACACAAGCUUUCUCUAAUCCCUUCCCCUAUUACACAUUCAAGAGGACCAGGAACUGUGCAUUGAAUGUAUUACACAGGAUUUAUUGUUCACCACAUUUCUGUUUGCCUUAAAGGGACUGUUUUUGAGACUGAUUCUUUCAUAUAUUCAGUGACCCCAGGCAAAUUGAUCUGCUCAUAUAUUUUCCACGGUAUUUUAUCUGUCAAUUCACUUUUUUUUCGAAGUUUGUUAUUUAUUUCAGUGACAUGACGGGCCUCUGAACGUUUAGAAAGCAUCCAGUUUCAGAGGUUAGACUCGAUUCCUCUCGUUUCUCACAGAGACUCCGUGAGGAGAUGAAUAAUGUAUUUUUUAAAGAGAAGGAAUUUCUAAAGAAUUUCUGUCAUAUAUCAUCUUAUAUCUAUCUGGGUCAACAAACAGAAUUUUUCCCACAGCUGCCUUUCUUCAGGAUUUCUGGACCAAGCAGCCAAACUUUCAUGUUAAACGCUCCAGCACCGCACAAGCUUUGACAGACUGUACGUGUAUAUGAGGUUCUGUGAGAUGUUCAGAAAAUGGUGCUCCGAGUAGACUGUUUAGGACCAUUUAAAAAAAAAAAGAAAUGUAAUACUAACCCCCAUUUCUUUCUUUUAUAAUAGUAUUGAUCUAUUUCACGGUUUUAUUU